AGGCGGCGGAGGAGAUGGCAGCCUCGUUGGAAACGCGCGGGGGAGCCUGAGCCGGCGGCCAAAGACGCACAGCGCGGCGCGCUCCAUCGCUGCGCGGCCACGCAGACCCUCCAUCUUCCUGCUCAGCCUAGGGACCCCGGUCGCCCCAGCCUUGGGGGGUCCGGCUAAAUCUCUGGGGCCCCGACCUGUCCCCACCCCCACCCCCACCCCCGGGCCUUCGCGGCUCCCCGGUCCGGUCCCCUCCCCCGCCACACACGCUGACACGCGCGCGCGGACACACACACUCACACACACCGACACGCCAGCGAGCUGCUAGCCGCUCAAUGGACCGAUUUCCCCGCUGUCCCUGAUCCCAGACCAGCCCGGGAUGAGACAUUGCAAAAUGGCCCGGGUCGCCAGCGUGCUGGGGCUGGUCAUGCUUAGCGUCGCCCUGCUGAUUUUAUCGCUCAUCAGCUACGUGUCUCUGAAAAAGGAGAACAUCUUCACCACUUCCAAGUACGCCAGCCCGGGGGCGCCCCGAAUGUACAUGUUCCACGCGGGAUUCCGGUCACAAUUUGCGCUGAAGUUUCUAAAUCCGUCUUUUGUGCCCAUUACGAAUUCUCUGACCCACGAACUCCAAGAGAAACCUUCUAAGUGGACAUUUAAUCGGACAGCGUUUUUACAUCAAAGGCAAGAAAUUCUUCAGCAUGUCGAUGUAAUAAAAAAUUUUUCUUUGACCAAGAAUAGUGUUCGGAUCGGACAACUGAUGCACUAUGAUUAUUCCAACCAUAAAUAUGUUUUCUCUAUUAGCAAUAACUUCCGAUCACUGCUUCCAGAUGUGUCACCCAUUGUGAAUAAGCAUUAUAACAUCUGUGCUGUGGUUGGAAAUAGUGGGAUCCUGACAGGGAGCCGAUGUGGACCAGAAAUAGAUAAGUCAGAUUUUGUUUUCCGUUGCAAUUUUGCCCCUACGGAGGCUUUCCAAAGAGAUGUUGGAAGGAAAACCAACCUUACCACCUUCAACCCCAGCAUCCUGGAAAAAUAUUACAACAACCUUUUGACCAUUCAGGACCGUAAUAACUUCUUCCUAAGUUUAAAAAAGCUCGAUGGGGCCAUUCUUUGGAUCCCUGCAUUUUUCUUCCACACUUCAGCAACUGUUACCAGAACAUUAGUUGACUUUUUUGUUGAACACAGAGGUCAGUUAAAGGUCCAGUUGGCUUGGCCUGGAAAUAUAAUGCAACACGUCAACAGGUACUGGAAAAACAAACAUUUGUCGCCCAAACGGCUGAGCACAGGUAUUCUUAUGUACACCCUUGCAUCAGCAAUAUGUGAAGAGAUCCACUUGUAUGGAUUUUGGCCUUUUGGAUUUGAUCCCAACACAAGGGAAGAUCUUCCGUAUCAUUACUAUGACAAAAAAGGAACCAAAUUUACCACCAAGUGGCAGGAGUCCCACCAGCUGCCUGCAGAGUUUCAGCUGCUGUACCGAAUGCAUGGGGAAGGGCUCACCAAGCUGACUCUGUCACACUGUGCCUAAGAACUCCGAACAGAAAGUGCCAAAUGGCUGUUUAAAAAGUGCCCCAAAUCAAAUUGAAUAGUCAUCCAUAGAACCCUAGCGAAUUUCUUAUAAGGACUGUCUGCCAUUUAAAAGGAAAGAUGUCUUCUCUCCCUCUCUUGCAUUGCUCUUUUAAGACUCUUAGCAGGACAGAUGCAUUGCAGCUACAUGAUUGAAACUUGUUUGAUAAAGGGAAUGUGCAUUUGGAACCCUGCUAACAGAAUGGUUUGAAGUAUUUUCAUGUUUGUAUUUUAAUAAUAAACCACCCCUCAUUUUUUUAAAUGAGGACCAGAGCUGUAGUUUCUGCAGCUUUGCUCAGAUCCAGUCCUCAUAAUGAGAGGCCUCUGGCCAAUUUGGGCAGGAUUUCCGUUUUGCCUGGGUGGGAUCUGGCUCUUCAAAACGGAAACAUAAAAAACUUGUGGCAUAGCCCAUCUCCCUCUCCCUCUUCUUCUCCCUCCCCCUCUCCUUCUCGCUCCCUCUCUCCCUCUGUCUCUUUCCCUACAACCACUCCCCUUGCCCCACCACCAUGGAGUUUAAUAAUUUGCUAGGAAUCAUACUAAAUUAGCUUGGCUUGUAUGUGUUGUAUCUGUACUUGAUGUGUUCAAGGCUCUGGGUAACUUUGAUGUUUCAUGGCAAACCAAGCACAUCAGGAUUACUUUUAUAAGAAAUGCCUCCUAUGAAGUUCUCACUAGUCUAGUCACUCACUCUCCAACAGAGUGGUCCCCCUGUGGUAUACAUGUGCUGAGUGGCAUACAAUACAGUGCAGCCUUCACGAUGGCAAAGAAAGCCUAUGUCACGGGUGGCAUCGCAGCUCUUGACAUGAGGGCUAUUGUGACAGAUCAUUCUGCUGCCACAUGUGCAAGGCCAUGCCAGCCUCGGUUUAGUGCCUCCGACUAUUCCAACCCAAGCUCUGGGCUGGGAGUUCUCAGAAUAUAGGAACAAUGAAUUAGCUUAAGCGCCUAGGCUAUUAGACAAGGAAGAAGAAUGCUUAGAAGUUGUUUUGGAUCCUGUAUACCCUGAAGGGUCGUAACUAGACUGCCUGUUCCGAGCCUUUGAGAACCAGCAGGACUCGAGCUGAGUAGAAGCUCAGAAGUUGGCCAGGCCCGGCCCCAUGUGGACAGUCUCAGGUGAGGUCUUCAGCGUCACUAUGCCUGCCCAGCCACACCACUCCAGAACCAUUCGUUCUCUUCAAGACAACUGUAGACACUGGAUAGUCCCUCUUUCCACUGAAAUCAGAUCUAUACAUCUACAAAUAAAGCAUUCCAAAAGGAAAAGCCAUUGAGUAGUGGCCAGAUUUAGUACUAACUAGCUUUUGGAAUUUGAGAUGUGCAGACCUGCCAUGAAGGAAUUAGUUGGCCAUUCUCUUUUUCAUGAUUUCAGCCUUAGGAGUAGAAAUCACAUCACUCCCACCCCUGGCUUUUAACUGAGCAGCACUUUGUUCUUCCAGCUCAGCGCAAAGUCUGGCCAAGUUGAUGUUAAAUUUUAAUAAGAGUUCUUCUUUCCAAAUGCCAUUCAAGCACAUUUGUAAUACAUUUGGGUGGGGGAGCUUGUUCUUGUUCAGAAAUCUCAUCUAGAUUGCUUGGAAUGCUACAGAUACUGUUGAAAACAAUUAUUGUAGUUCAGUCUUCACCUCACUGCCCCUCUUUGGAAAGGUAUAAUCAUGCCUAAAAUUAAACCAAAUACAAUAAGGAAGACACAGUCCUUAUGCUCAUGUUCUGCCUGGUCCUAAAGGGGAGUUUUCUCCUUCUAAUGUUUUUUCAAAAAGCUAAUCAGAACAGCCUACAUAGAUCCAAAUAUUAACCAAUGGAAAAAACAAAAACAUACAGGUUCAAAUGUGUUACCACAGGUGACAUAUCUGACAACAGAUGGCAAUCAUUCAAAUAGAUGGGUAGAAGUGGAAAUAGAUAUUUCGAAAUGGAAAAACACUAAAACAGCUCAAUAUUUGAAAUAAUUAGAGGGGAGAUAUUAAAAAUAUUUUAAAUUCAAUAGCAGAAUUUGAUGGGGAUCCAAACCACACCAUGCUUGUUCCCUGUCACUUUAGAGGACAGUACAUCUCAUGCUGGGCUCUGCUAGGACCGCUACAAGACUGAUAACUGACAAGUGUUUAGUUGGUUCUUCCUAAGGACUUGGUUACAGCUAAGUGAUAUUAAUGCCAAUAUUACACAGGCCACAUUCUGACUCUAAAGUUUCAUCCCAAUGUGCCCAUUAGAUUUCACUAAAUACAUAGACACUUUGAACCAUGUAAGUUAAAAAAGCAAAAGACCAGAAUCCCUAAAAACCAAUUAACUGGUCUAUGAUGGACCAUUUAAAAUAGAUCUCAUCAUAAUGCCAGAUGUUUGUUACUUUCUUUGUUUGUUUUAAGUUCAGGGAGAUUUUUUUUAAUCUCAUUUCACUCUUGGCUCUGUUUUAACCUACAGUAAGAGGACUUUUCCAUCUCCCAACAUCAUUUCAUUUAUCACUUUUAGAAGAGCUCAAAACGUUGAGGAAACAGACUUGUCUCCCAGAACUAGAAGGGCUUAGAGAGCAGGCUUAUCCCCAGUUUCCAGGCAGGACUUCCUGGAGCUGAUCCAAAAAGACCACCCAUCCCUUUUCUUCAAAAAUCUCUGAAGAAAAUCCCAAGCCCUCCCACAGUGACUAACCACAAUUCUCAUCAUUUAUAAGUUCUUUAUAUACAGCCUACAUCCCUCCUAUUUCAAAAAUUAGAUGCAAUAUGUGGCAAAGCAUUUAUCCCAGUUUUCAGCACAUAGUAAGCACUCAACAUAUGGCAGCUUUUACUGAUAUUUUUAUUGUUAGUCAUACCUCUGACCUAUAGUUCCAGCAUAGAGAAAACAGCCUCUAGCUGAUCAUACAAAAUCUCUUUGUUUUUAAAGACUGUUUCAAAGAUGAAACUAUGUAACCACGGUCACGACCAAAAGAGUCGGUGGGUCCCAUGAUUCCUGAUAAAGGCAGUGGUGUGAGUCGUCAGAACUCAGGGCCUGCGUGGUCAAGAGCAGUGAGCUGGGCAGACGGGGCCGCUGGGAACCCCUCCUGAUUCAGCUACAGAUACAGACCCCGGCUUUUGCGCUGUCUUUGCUUUAUUGGUUCUAGGUUAAGUGCAUCUUUUUGCCAGAACCUUUCCUCUUUGAGGAUAUUUACAGCAGAGGCCACCCUUAGCCACGAGAACACAUUUCACCAUAAAGCCCCCAAGGCUGUCUACACAUGACACCCGUACAAAUGACCAGUUCGGUUACAGAGGGAAGAAAAGCCACAGACAUUUAGCAACCUGCUUAAUGCUAGUCCCUCAGUUUUCGUCAGUUGUUCUGCAAGUCACGUGCAGGCACGUAGUUCCAGGGGAGAAAGAGUUAAAAUGUGAUCAAGAAUGCCUCCCACACCCAGAAAAUCUUUCCCAUAUUUGAUGAUUAAACAUCUAUGGUUCCUCUGCCUUUGCUUCUGUGUCUUAAGUGUCCUUGACCUUUGUAAAAGUGCUUGUGUGUAGUCGUGCUGUGUGCCUAGCAGUGCCGGCUGAGACCACUGUGCCAUCUGUCUGUGACCUUGCUGUCGGGCAUCUGACCAGGCGCCUACCAGCCAGGACGUGCAGAGGGAGAGCCCCCCACCUCCUUGUGCCCAGGUCUCCAGUCCCCCAUGAACGUCAUGCCAGGACUAACCUAUUUGGGGGUGGGGGGGAAGCCAAGGAAUAAGAGCAUUUCUUCUGACUUUGGGCAAGGUACUAAUUAUUAGACAAUCUCAGACAGCAAAGAGGUGUUGACUGGAGGCCCGAGGAAGCAGGGACAGAAUUGUGGAACCCGAGGACACUGAAAAUGGAAGAGCCUUUGAGUAUGUCUAAUCCUAAUUCUUGACUUCACAAAUAAGAAAUGGAGAAACAGAGAAGCUAAGUGACUUUCCCAAGAUUGCACAGGGAAUCAGUGGAGAAAUUAUGACUCAUCUACUUCUUGUCAGUAUCAAAUGAAGAUGGGCUCAAAGGGAAAAUUAUUUGGGACUGGGCUUCACAAGGCACAGAAAAUAAGUCAGAAAGGCUAUAAAGGAGGAAAAAGAUCCCCCCCAAAUUAUUUAUUUCUCGAUGCAAAACAAUAAAGGGGAUGCUUGCCUAAGCAUACAAAAGUCCACUGAUAAUAACAUACAUUCUUCCCUGAAAUGAGAGAAAAACCCCACGAUAAAUUAUGAUGAUGAUAAAUCUGGUAAAUCACAAUUACAGAUACUGACGGUUCAAGUUGACAGUUGGAAUGUUAUCUAGUAAUCUAUUCAUCUUAAUAAAAGCUUGUUUUAGUAAUAUGUAUGCAUAAUUUAAAAGUUGAAUACUGAGAAUGGUUAUGUACUUCUCCAUAUGUAUAAUUUUCAGCUGGGGCCCCUUGAGGUAAGAAAGACCUUUUGUCAAUGCCUUCCAUAUUGUAAUCAAUUUCUACAGCAGACUUUGCAUUAUUGCUUUUAGUUCAAUAUGCUAAGAUGUGCAAAUAAUAAUGAAUGAUUUGAGCUGGGUCUUCAUGUGCAAAAUGACAGACUGAGAAGUUUUCUGUAUAAUUCUGGAUCCUUCAAUCCUUUUUCCCCUAUGUGUGAAUAUACCAGACAAAAUAUCUGUUUAGCCUCUCCUUCUCCCUGAAUGUACAGAACUGUCCUUUUGCUUCACAAAGAGAGUUGGGGCUGUGUACAUGUGGCUGAAAAACCCAGAUGGAGCAUCACAAGUAUGGGACUUAAGAGCCCCAGGACCACCUGAUUAACCUGCCUGGGCUUCUGUGGCUCAAUUAAUCAAGGCCACAGGUGAGCUGACACCAAGGAUCAAAAUGACUGAAUAUGCCUCUGUCACAGUCUGAUUGUCUUGCCACAGCACAUUUUAGAUCGUCAUUAUUGUAUUAUGCAGUAUUUCUUAAAAUUUCUUUUUAUUGUAAUAACUUAUUGAAGAUACCUGUGUUUGAAUAGAUGUUUUUACCCUUAAUGAAGCUCAUUCUCUUGUUGAUUACAGCAGAAUCACAGGAAAGAGCCUGUCAUAGAAUAACGGACUCCAAUUUAAGAUUACAAUAGGGUUAUGGGGUUAGGACCUGGAUUAUGCUACUAACCCACCAGCAAACAAAGCUAUGACGUGAGAAGCUCUUUAAAAUACAAUUCUUGCUCCCUACUCCAGACCUUUGACUCAGAAUGUCCUGGGAUAAACCCAGCUUACAAAUCCCAGGUGAUUCGGAUGUGGCCGGCAUUUGGGGACCAACAACACAGAGUAAAGUCAUAUGCCAUCAUGACCCAAGUAGCUGAAUGCUUAUCACUCCUCAUGCAAUUAGUAGCAGAUCUGGUCCUUGAAGUUAUUGUGAUACAUGGCAACAUGGACGUAGUCUUAGGGACUCAAUCAUUCAACUGUUUUGGCUGAAUUGACCAGUCACUAAUUUGUAAGCAAACAGUAACUGGUUAGUUUUGACAGAAUGGAUGUAAGCCUGAAGGCAGUCAGAGUGGGGAGACAUAGAUUUAAUAUACUUUACCCCAAGGCCAGCUCUUUAUAUUUCAAACUAAGAGGCAGAUCUCAGGUCAUUCAUCUUUACAAAUAGAUACACGGGAAAGUUAAAUGAUUCAUUCAGAUUCUACUUGGAUGUCAUUCCCAGAGCCUAAAUUAUUCCUAAAGGGGUCUGAUUUCUCAAGCCCCAGGUAAUGCCCCAAAUGCAAAGGUCCUCAGGUUAAAAUGAAACCAAUCAAAAAAAUUCAAGGGGCUAAAAUUCUAAGACCAACUAAGUAUAUGAGAGGUGAUCAGUUAGCACUGGCUGCCUUGGGCCAGCCUCUGUUGAAUAAGGCGCCAGCAUCCCGAUGAAGUUUUGGCCAGGCUCCUUUCUAUAGCUGUGCACAUGCAAAGCCUUUAAUCAUCAGAGAUACUAAAGGGCUCCUUUGAUUUCCCUGCUGUAAGACUCAGAGCCAAUUUUAGCUCUUUGGUGGGCUGCUAAAUGUUUAACUGGCUCUGGAGAAUGACAGAGCCCUGAUCUGUAGCACUUUGCCAAUGUCUGUGGUGUAAAUACUCUCAUCAUAGCCAGUUUCAAGCUGCUAAGUUGAUGUCAACCAGCUGAAAAUGUGACUAUGCUUUCAAGAGCCGGUAUGAGCUGGCUCCAGCACAGCACUGCCUGAACAAUUUCUGAGUCCGUGAGCACCACCCAGGACAGGCUAGCAGUGACUCUGGAGGGACUUCCAAGUGCCCCUCCCCCAAGGAGGCAUUUCUACUUCGGUUAGUUCGACUAAUUUUUAGUACAUCGUUGGGUUCCAGAGGCUAAAGAUCCUAAGGUGUUCAAAGUCUUUCCUAGCCAGGUGACUCUUAGGACCCUCCCAACAAACUCCUCAGUACCUUAGGAGAUUUCUAAUUUCUAAGGGUGAUCUUCCAGGUAAACAUUCUUCAAUUUAACUGCUAGUUAAAACCAUGUUUGGCUGAUCUUUUUUCAUACCCUAUACUCUAUCACAAGUCUCUAAUUUUCCCAGUCCAUCCUUCUGAUACAGCUCUUCAUCCUUCUGAUACAGCACAGAAUUCACAGACAUCCAGAAGUCAGUGUUCACAGAGGAGCAAGGGAAGAACAAGGCAUCCUAGAAGCUUACCUAGAGAGGCUCAGGGGUUCAACUGUCUCUACCCCACAGGGGGACACCCAGCGAAGUAAGCCUCAAGCCCAGGGUUUCAGUAUGCACUCAGCUGGACUUUAUUUGCCCUCAUAAAAAUUCCAAAUGUGCAAGAAACACCACGAAACGAGAGAACUACUGGGCGAGCUUUGCAGGGGAAGACACCAAGUGAUGCCUUGUCUUUAGCUAAGCUAGUGUAAGGCUGGACCCUGACAAAACAACCACCAACAAACAUUUGGCCACUAUAGUCCCGUGGUGUUGAGCAGUAGUAUAACUGUCCUUCUUCCAGUAGUUGUAAUUGAAUGCCCUACUUACUGAGUGUUUGAACAUCAGAUACCCUGGUGAGCACAGAAGAAGCUUUGUUUGCAAAUAAAAAGUUUCUCUGAUAGCAGUCAUUCUUUGGUGGGUUUAAUUAACUCCUUUGGAAGGCAAUGCUGGAAAAAAUGUACUUAAGUUUUCAUAUAUAAUAAGUGGUUUGUUUUUAUUCUGCGUGUAGUAAAUCAAAAUUAAAUAAUAAAGGACCAAAUCUACUCUCCUUGCUGUAGUAAAAUGUCCUACGGGUUUGGUAAGGCAUUACUAGACUGUAAAUGUUUGAAACUCAACUUAGAUAUUUUCAUUAUUAUGUUCAAAGGCCAAGGUACGCCUCUGUUUUCUAUUUUCCUUAAGUCAUCCAAAUGAGCUUAUUUCUCUAUACCGAACAAGGUACAUUUUGUUUUAAAUGAGUCAGGUACAUGUUCAGAUGUUAUUCUGUAUUCACAACAAAUUGCAUGUACUCUGGGCACAAAGUACGCCAUCAUCAUCUGGCUCUUUUCUGGACACCAAAGAGAUAAGUCAGAAUGGACUUGACAGCCAGCCCCAUUUUAUUACAGACAAAUUCAUAGCAAAACCAGCCUUGAGGGACCAGCCACUCCCAUAACGUUGUUAGCGAGGGAGGUGGGGAAAGAAAAUUGGCAGAUAACAGAAGAGAGGUUUGGUCAAUGUAUGUAGGUGAAAUAAAGCUAUUGAAGUACUUGCAAAAGGGAAGGGGACGUGUCCCUCUGAAAUCUGGAAUCUAGACCAUUUUUCAGGACUUAGAAUAAUUGUUCCCCACAUCUGAAAUGCUCUAACCACAUUUCAAGAUCCAGAUCUGAAUCCUUACCAUGCAGAAAAGCAGCCUUACAACCAAGAGCCCUGGGAGAGGUUUAUUAAUGGGUUGAGAUCCAGUCAGCAAGCAUGAGCAAUGAGCACUGAAAUUCUCCCAGGACACAGAACAAAAAUAUUGAACCAUCACGAUGCAGCAUCACUUACUUGCAUAGGACAGUCACCUAAAUCCACGUCAGACCUUCACAUAACUAGGUGGUAUCUCAGGUUUAGAGUCUAGAUCAAUGUCAUCACAUGGAGAUGAGAAAACUGAGGUUCCAAAUGUAGGAAGUGACUUACUUCCCAGCUAGUUACCUGGAAUGCGAGUCUGGGCCCCCCACCACUGAUUCUCCACCGCACCACGCUGCCUCCACUCUUUGGCUGGGAAGAUGACAAUCCAUUGUGAAAGCAUAAUCAGAAAUCAAGACAAAAGAAUGUGAUAUCUUCUCUCACUCAACCUACUUGGUUUCACCAUUUCAUGUUAGCAUCAUUUGAAAGAAUGUUCUAUCAGUGUACAAUGAGGAACAAAGUUCUCUAUAAUGAUGAAACCAAAAGGUCAAAAGGUGGGAGAACAGUGAAUGUAAGUUGUUAAAGAAAUGAGCAAGAAGCAUGUGUCAGGGAAAAUAGAUGCUUCUUAUAUUGUUAUAACCAUCGUGCCCUGUCCCCCAUGUACUUGAUGCAUUUAUUUUGGAAAAUGCCAUAUGAUGCUGAGUGACUGGCACUGAAGAUUUCUCUCCCUCCCAACCACGUCAGACGCUCUCUUGCUCUUCAGAAGAAGCCGCGGCCCUUAGGAAUCAGACUCACAUCUCUUGUGAAAGACACUCUCAGCUGCCCUUACAAACAAGCUGCCAGACUGACAGGGCCAUGGAGAUCGGAAAGAAGCCAGUGCCGCCGGACUGAGGAACGUGUAAAUAUCUUCCGCCUUCUUGGUGAACAAGGCCCAUCAUCUUUCUUUUGUAGAGGUAAUCGCGUGUGUAUUGUGACAGUAGUUUGUGAAGAAAAUGCAAUGAUUUGCUUCGACAGUUCCCCAAAUGUACCUGUUAAGUGUGAAUGUGCCUGCCUCAUUGCCUCAUGUGCCAAACACAGUACUGAAUGCAUUGUUUUCAAAUAAACUGUUUUAUUGUG